AUGUCGUACCCCAAUCUUCCGACUCUGACUCCUCAAAAACAUCUUCCUGGAGCAUUCUUCCAGACUCCCGCACCUAAGAAUGUAUCGAACAUGUCGCUCAUGUCUCCCAAGCCAGCUCCUGCCCCGGCAGAGAGAGCUUCGCCAGCUUCUCUUCCGAAGCUUCCUCCGGCAGCAUCGAAGUCCCAGAGCCAAACGCUGAGCAUCGAGGAGCGCGCUGCAGGCACAAUAAACGAUACGCUCGUGCAGGAAUCCCGGUAUCCCGACCUGGAUAGCUACCUGUCUCAAGGAUUUUCUUCCGAUUAUGACAUCCCCACCUCGCCGUCAUGGGCGCCCUUUCAGAAAGUGAAGAUGUAUAAUAUCCCAGAUCAGAUCUUUGAUCAGUAUAAUCGAGCACAGGUUUCGACAAGCAUGGGUCUCUUCGCCGAGUUAAAUCACGCCUGGGUUGCUAUUGACAACGCGCUCUACAUCUGGGACUAUACGCAUCCGAAUCCACAACUGGUCGGGUUUGAGGACCAGCCCAAUAGUAUCAAUGCCGUCAAGCUGGCGAAGCCUCGCGCCGGAGUGUUCCUCCCUUCAAUUACCCACCUUCUUGUUAUAUCAACAACUGCCGAGGUCAUUUUGCUGGGAAUGGGUUGUGAAACGACGCCGGGGGGUGCGCGACAAGUCAGCUUGUAUCAGACCGGCAUGUCGGUGUCUAUUCGUGGCUUGGAUAUCCAUGUGAUCGCUUCGUCGGAGGCGACCGGUCGUAUCUUCUUCGGCGGCUCUACCGACAACGACGUCUAUGAGCUCACAUAUCAGCAGGAGGAACGGUGGUUCCAAGGCAGAUGCGCCAAAGUCAACCAUACCAGUUCGCGCAUCGCGGCUUUCACGCCCAGUCUGAGUUUCACUCAGAAGACCACUGAGACGGUGGAGCAGAUGGAGAUUGACGACACAAGGAGACUGCUCUAUACUUUGUCGUCAUCUUCAACCAUUAGAGUUUUCCACAUGAAACCGGAUGGUACCUUGGCCUUGGCUAUUACCAAACCAGCCAUGGACAUCUACGCGAACAUUGGGCACAUCAUUGCGUCCAACGAAACCCUCAACCCGAAAGUUCCCAUCGUGUCCAUUAGCCCUAUCCCAGCUGCCGAGGCCUCGAGAUACCAUCUAAUGGCCACAACCGCGACCGGCUACCGUAUCUAUCUCAGUGCGACUGCGUCUUAUAGCUGGUCGCCAGCUCCAAAUGGUACGAAUGCGCCGACAAGCAUGCAGGCGCAUCAUGUGAAAACUCCACCUUUCGACAAUCCUCCUUCCACCCCAGUGGAGCUGGGUCAGCCCCGGUUUCAGACCUCCGGAGCAUCUAGGGUUCCCAUUCAUUCUCUCAACCCCACCAGAUUCACUGUGCGAUACCCGCCAGGGUAUUUCUUCUGCUUCACAUGCAAGGAUCCCACGCAAAAGACCGACACACUUUUCAUCUCUUCUCCCGACUCUGGCCGAGUGGCUCGCUCCCAAGAGAAUGUCAUCCCUGGAAAGGCAGGCGAGACUGCCAUCUGGCUCUCUUUAGGUAGCAGGGCGGAGGACGUUGGUCUCUGCUCCGCGCCUAGCGCGGCUGCCUCGACCCCGGGAGGAUUUGGCAACGAGCUUGCCGUUCAGUUUGACAGCGCCGCGGCUGAAAUUGCGAUUCUGACUAACACUGGUAUUCAUGUGAUUCGCCGGCGGCGACUCGUUGACAUGUUUGCUGCAUUGGUUCGGGGUGGUGGUAGUGGCGGUGAUGAGGGUCUCGAGGGCGAGGUCAAGAACUUCAUCCGCACGUAUGGCCGGAGCGAGACUCUUGCGACAGCGCUUGCAGUCGCGUGUGGACAAGGAGUCGAGGUCUCUACGGAUUCACGACUGACUCAGAUCAAUGAUCCUGAUGUUUUGGAGUUCGCGCGUAAAGUGUUCAUCGAGUAUGGAGGCCGGCCGACGGUGAAUGAAAAUGCAGUCGCAGACAGCUCCACACCAGCCAUCGACACGGUUAUCCUAUCGCCCAGGCAUGCGGGAAUCGCUCUCUACAUGUCAAGGCUACUACGGUCGAUUUGGAAGAAGGAAAUCGCAACGGUCGGCAGCGGACCCAAUGGUGCACAGACGAUCUCGGCAUCUGUGGCGACAACGAAGCUGCAGAGUGUACAACGUGACCUGUCUGCCCUGCAAGAUUUCUUCAAGACGAACAAGAGUUUCAUUGAGGGAUUGAGUGGCCCUGAAGCCUUGGCGCGCGUGUCGACGAAGCAGGAAGAAACGGCGCUACAAGCCGAACACAGAGCGCUGCAUUCGUUGGUUCAAUUGGUUUCACAUACCAUUGAAGGUAUUUCAUUCGUCCUGGUGCUGUUCGACGAGCGCGUUGAUGAGAUUGUUGCAACUCUGCCCGACGAGUCGAAGCAGCGCUUCCUCAAGCUCACAUUUGAGGAGCUUUUCAGCACCAGCAAGGGUCACGACAUCGCAAAAGAACUGGUGAAGGGGAUUGUAAAUAGAAACAUCGCCAAGGGCUCUAACGUUGAGACCGUGGCUGACGCACUCAGACGACGGUGCGGGAGCUUCUGCAGUGCCGAGGACGUGGUCAUUUUCAAGGCUCAAGAGUUGUUGAAGAGAGCGACUGAAGCAGGGGCCAACUCGGAAAUCGGUCGGAAUCUGCUGAAUGAAAGUCUCCAUCUGUUCCAACAAGUGUCUGACAGCCUUCCCAUGGAUUACCUGGUCUCGGCGGUCGAAAGCUACAUCUCCAAUCAAUUCUUUGCAGGCGCGAUCCAGCUGGCUCUCAACGUCGCGGCUCGUUCCGACAAGGCUAACAUGGCAUUGUCAUGGAUUGUGGACGGCCGUCCUGAAGAUGAAUCUCGACGCGACUACUUUUACUUCAGGAAGCAAUGCUAUGAUUUGAUAUUCAAGGUCAUCAUCGCCGUUGACAAUCUUGCAGCGCAUGACCCGGGUGUGGUUGAUGGGCAACUCACAAUCAUUGCCAAACGCAAGAAUGAGGCCUACGGCGUGAUCUCAGAUUCGACAGACGAAGUGUUCUUGACGAGUUUGUAUGACUGGUACCUCGAGCAGGGGUGGAGCGAUCGUUUGUUGCAGAACAAUUCUCCGUUUGUGGUCACAUACCUCGAGCGCAAGUCAGCCGAUGACAUCGCUCAUGCGGACCUACUCUGGAGAUAUUUUGCCCAGUCGCAGCGCUUCUACGAAGCCGCCAACGUUCAGUACCACCUUGCGCAGAGUGCCUUUGCUUUGCCUCUUGCUCGCAGGAUCGAAUACCUGGGCCGGGCCCGGGCGAACGCCUCAAUUUUCACUCCAGAUGUGGGCCGGCAGUCCCGGCAGCGCCUCGUGCAGGACAUUUCGAAUCUCAUCGAUAUUGCGAACAUCCAGGACGAUCUGUUGCAGCGGCUGAAGGAUGACACGCGCAUCGCACCCGAGCGCCGAACGGAGGUUCUGAAAGAGGUGGACGGUCCCAUCAUGGACAUCAGUACUCUGUUCAACCAGUACGCCGAUCCUGCUAGCUAUUACGACAUCUGCCUUCAGAUUUUCUACCUUGCGGACUAUCGCAAUUCAGCGGAUAUCAGGUCGACAUGGCAACACUUGUUCCAAGACCUGCAUGAUGAGACACUCGCAAAGGGGGAACCACAACCAUACGAAGCUGUGAUUGAGAAGGUGCGCAGUCUCGGCAGCCGUUUGCGCAUGUCCGAGACCGUCUUCCCGAUCAAGGACCUCCUACCGAUGCUGGAACGGUAUGCGCUCGAGCACCAGCGUGAUGUCGGCCCGCCGACGUGGAUUGUUGAUCUCUUCCUGGAUCUGGGGGUUGCGCACGAAACCAUCUACGCCGUGCUCGAAGCGAUGUAUUACACUGACGAGGCGCCAUUCCACGGAUCGAACCGCAAAUACAUUGCCAGGGAUUUGCUGUACCUGAUCGAGGUGUGGUACCACGAGACAGUCCGGCUGGGCGGGAUCGUGUUCGGAAGCGACGCAGUUGCGGAGCGUGUCUCGGAGACGCUGCUCCUGUUGCAACAGGGCGGCAUUGCGCCCGAGCAGAUGCAAGCUGCGCAUGAGCUGCGCACGCGGAUUGCAGAAAUUCUGCGGUAA